UGAGUUAGCUAGUGAGCGGCGAUACUGACUUAUUAAUUAUUACUCAGAGAAUGGCGUUCUCCGUUUCCGCCGUAGCGAUAUCGUCCAAUCUUCCGGCGACAACCGUCGCCGCACUCCGCCACCGUGCUCCGAUCGCUGCAAGCCAUACAUUUGGGAGAUCAUCUGUAUCAUAUCAUCCUCUCCGAUCUAAUCGCUUUGCCUGCUUCGCCGUUUCUACUGAUGCUAGUUUAAAGGAGGCUGUUAAAACAGAUAAGGCUCCAGCUGCUUUGGGUCCCUAUUCCCAAGCCAUAAAGACCGGCAAUACCGUAUAUCUAUCUGGUGUUCUUGGUCUUAUUCCAGAGACCGGAAAGUUUGUUUCAGACAGCGUGGAGGAACAAACAGAGCAGGUUCUUAAGAAUAUGGGAGAGAUAUUGAAAGCAAGUGGUGCUAGUUAUUCCUCAGUGGUUAAAACCACCAUCAUGUUGGCUGAUUUGAAGGACUUUAAGAAGGUUAAUGAGAUUUAUGCUAAAUAUUUCCCUGCACCAGCACCUGCUCGUUCAACGUACCAGGUUGCAGCAUUGCCGUUGGAUGCAAAGAUCGAGAUUGAAUGCAUAGCAGUACUGUAGAAUCUUUGGUGUGGUGUAUUGUAGUGAAUCUUGGUCUCUUUGGAAGGUUCAGUUGCUUAGGCUCGAUCUGAGAUGUUUUAUUAAUAAAUUAAAACAUGGUCAUUGUGCAACAUGUUUGUAAUAAAAUGGGCAUGUUUUGACAGUACUUAAA